AUGUCGGUCAGAGCACUUUCAGACGGAGUGCAAGAAUUGCUGAGCUCACCACUUCUCACAGAAAGGCGUGUUGCUGAGCUUCUGGAUCCCAUUCUACGCAAGCGCCCCUCCUUGGUCCUUCUUGUAUUUUCUCUUCUUAUCCGUAGACUGUUGCUACCAGAUAUUGGGCCAGAUGCCCACAACAUCGCACUUUUAUACAGCUUCUGUCUUGACCGCACACACGUUGGGACUUUUGAAGGGCUUUCGCUGGCUCUAGAAACUCACGCAACACUCUUGCUCCAAUGUGUGAUCGUGGAGGGCAACUUGCGCUUUGAAGAUCAGCCUCAUUCUGUGUGUGCACUAGUGCGACAUAAGGGAGCUCUCUCGAUAAUAUUCAAAACUCUGGCACUCACCCCCUGGCUCUCCAAAGAGGAUGUCGCUGCUUUAGUUCAGGCGCCAAUUAUUCAGCGCCUCCGUGCCAGCGAGCAAUAUUCUCGCCGGCAGGAGCACUUUACAAAACAGACCAACUUUGUAACAGCGUCUAAGCUUAUCGUCAAUAUCACACGGCAGAAGUACCCUUUGUUACACAGCAGAUACUCCGCGAUCCUUUAUUCGAUUGUGCAAAACUAUGAUACCCUUUUUAACUCCAUUGAAUCUGCUGAUAAUGCUCCUCUGUUUCGGGAGUACUUGCACGCCUUACAAGCAGAAAGAUCCAGUGCUGCCGGGAAUUUUGCUCAGCUAGGCCCCUACUUUAAGUGGCGACAUUAUCGAGACCAGAUAUUAGCUGCUGCUGCCAGAGAACGCUCACAGGAUCAGCCGACUGUCAUCAAAACUGUAAUGAUCAAUAUACGUGGGUUUGCCGAACACUCAAGAGCACGUAGCUCCAAUUUUACUCUAACAUACAAUGCAUUCCUGCGAGAGAUGCUAAGGAUAACCUCUAAUACUAUCCCUUUGGAAAAUGAACUAAAGAAACAGGAAGAGAUCAUAGAAACCCUUUUGUCCAACAACAUACGUGCCGCAGCCAUAGCUCUUCCAACUAACACCCUUAAACAGUGCCAUGAUAUGCUGAUAUUGGCGGGCCUAAUACGGCAAGAUGUUUUAAACUGCUCUGGAACGACGCUCUUUCUCUUGGGGGUGUCCUAUGGUACAGACUAA